AAACACACCUAUCAACUCACAGGAGAGUACCGUUUCACCUUGAGAAGUUAAGGGUGCUUGGCCCGCGAUAGCCCGAACGGAAGGCUGCACCGUCCCCGUUGAGCCGGCACAUCGAGCAUCGCGGAGCGGAGCACGCUGUCCUGGCACCGCUGUGGUGGGUCGCUGGCGCCGCUCAGGUAAAUGGACUAAAGAUCGGCCAGAAUAUUGCCACUGACGCUGGAAGAGGCACCAAGAUGCAGCAACACAGCCUUCGUCUUCAACAACUUAGUGUUCUCUUCCUGUUAACGCUUCAGCAAGGCAUUGGUGAAAGAACUGUUCGAUCUCUGGUAUUUAAAGCCUCUCUGGAAGAACAUGCUGCUUACUCAGAUGGUGUAGACCUUCCUAAUGUCAAUUCCUUUAAGCUGGGACAAUACGGAUUGGGUGAAGGAAACUUGCUGAAGACUAAGGUGCUGGGCGAAGAGCAAGCUGCACGAAAUGACUACGGCAAGGCAAGCAGGAUACGAAGGGACAUCUUUCCACUGGUUAAUGAUCUACAUUCCAUGUUCAUGUUUCCGUGGGAAGAACAGAAAGUUGUGAAUGAAACAUCGAAAACGAACAGUAUGGGGAAUGACAUCCCUAUGGCGGACAUGCCAACCUCCUGGAUCGGUAUUGACGAAUUUCUGCACGUCAUCACGUGUCAGAUGGACGUUGCCUGUAACCUGGGGAUGCCGAACACCGCCUGCAGCUGUGACGAUGUAGUCAAUGAGUUUGGGGAGAAGAAGUGCAUCCUACCCAAAGCGAGGAUAACGCACCGAUCAAAGACUACCAAAGGCAUCAUGGCGCUGUUCUGUGUUGGGGUGUCCCUCCCUCCGAUGGACGAUGGUAGUAAUUACGACCUACAGACGAAGUGUAACAUACUCGGUGCAGACGAUGUGAAAUAUAGGGUAUAUGUUACUAAGGAGGACAUAAUUCCCGAAAUACCGGACGAGGAGGCACUAAUCAAGUACAAAGCGUGCUUGGAACCUGUUUAAAGAGACUUAGCUAUCUUUGAAGAUAGCCAUAUAAUGAAUCUCUCUUAUAAUUGCAUCAAUCGGUGUGGCAAAUGGACAAAUCAUAAUACUAUGUACCCGAAAUUGAGACACCUUAAAGGAAAUAUUAAAUGUAUAUCCGAUAUGUUACGAUAUCGGUGGAGGUGGCAUUUUGUAAAAUAUGAAAGUUUUGAUCUUAUACAACAAAGGCAAAUAGUCUCUAAACAGGAGGGAAUGCUUGCUGUCUCACAGAAAAUGCUGCCAGUAUGCACCAGUUCCUCACACAAAUUAUUUCUGUCCCGUUGAGUCAGUAAUCGCACGUUU